AUGUAUUCCACCCAGCCUAACGGCGCUGAGGGUGCGACCAUCAAUCCCGCAACUAUCAACCCUGCUGCUCUCAAUUCUGAAUUAUUGAAUCCAGGGUCCCGAGGUCUCAAGAGAAGUCGUUCUCCGGACUCUUACCACGACGCGCCGUUGUCUGAGAUUCCCGGAGAUGAUGGUGAUUCGAAGCAGCCUAGAAAACGCGGCCGACCGAUGAAAUCGCGAAUUUCUGGUGACCUCCCGGAACCACCGAAUCAGACUCAAAUCCUCCCUCCUCCGCCUCCCGCUCAAAUGUCGCAGUCUAUACCACCACACACUCCUCAAUCUCAGAAUGCCCCGCUACCCGGACAGACCGGGGCUUAUACUCCGGCUCAAGCAUCACCUCCGCCGAAGACUACGCCCACCAAGACCACCUUGAAGGCGCUACCGACCGUGCGCGAUCACACCACGGACCAGCUCGGACCUGGUGGCGAUGAAUACCUGCCGCGCGAAAUUGAUGAUUCUGGCGAGAAGAAGGUUAUGCCCAACGGCCAGCUGCUAGGAGGGCGAGAGUAUCGAUGCCGAACCUUCCUUGUCCCUAAUCGCGGUGAUAAAUUAUUUAUGCUCGCUACGGAAUGCGCAAGAGUUCUAGGGUAUAGAGAUUCUUAUUUGCUCUUCAAUAAGAACCGGUCCCUCUUUAAGAUCAUUGCGAAUCAAGUCGAAAAGGACGAUCUCGUCACACAGGAGAUACUUCCAUUCUCGUACAGGUCGAGGCAGAUAGCUAUAGUCACAGCGCGAUCCAUGUUUCGCCAGUUCGGGAGCAGAGUUAUAGUUAACGGACGGAGAGUACGAGAUGAUUACUGGGAGCAGAAGGCGAGGAAGCAGGGUUUUACGGAGGCUGACCUUGCGGGAGAGAAGAGACCAGGCGCGUCUAAAGCCAGAGAAGCAGCAGCUGAGGCGAAUAGCAGCAUGGCGUCCCUUCCAGGAGCCCCUCACGGUGAGAUUGUAUAUGCGAAUACUCCCCCAUUCGGCGGUGCUCCGCAACCCCUUGUUCAACCAGGUAUGAUGGGACCGCCAGGAAGCUCGACCAGAAUGCCCAUGAUAACAGUAGGACCAGAUCUGAACGAUACAAGGACUCGAGACUACAGCAAUUUCAUCAAAGGUGGCCCUCGACAGGAGAUUACCGGCCCGGCCUACCAGGAUAGGACGCAGUCCAGUCCCAUAUCGGAAAUAAACCAACAGGCACACCAUGCUGCCGAGUUCAAUCGAAGCGUCAACCAACAGCGCGAUAUGCGGACCGACUACAUGAACAACUUAUGGCGGAGACCUCAUGAGCAGCCACCGACUACUCAACCCGUAACGACCGAGCCUUCCCUACCCACGACGCGUCCCGGCCAGUCGCCUCACGCCGCGCCGGCGAGUAUGCAGACGUCUGGCAUCGUACCGAACCAGAGCCCGCAGAUGAUGAUGACCGCGCCUCCUUACUCGCAACCCAUCCACUCUCAGCAGUCGAUUAGCCAACCGCCGAUGCGGGGAAUCCCCCAGCCGUCUUCCCAGAAGCAGUCGAGACCCUCCAACAUCCAGCCUGGUGCUUCCGGCAACAUGUCUCAAGGGGCCCCGGCAUACAACUACGGCUCUUCGAACCAGAUGUGGGGGCCUCCCCAAACACCCCAGACGCCUCAGCAUUAUCAGGGGUAUACAACUCAGUCGCAACAGUCGCCUCACCCUCAGCAGUCGCCAGCUCCGCAGCUGCGUCAUUCAGGAGGCACUCCCCAGAUGCAGCCCAGUACUAUGCAGUACCACGGGAUGCCAGGGAUAGGGCAGAGUUAUCCCAACCCGGGCCAAGGCAUGUAUCCCCCUGAGCAGACACCCAGGCAGUUUAUGCCCCAAAACCCUGGGCCUGGACCAGCCGUGACGUCGGCAUGGAAUACCCCGCAAACUUCAGCUGGCCAGACGUGGUGGGCGAGCCAACCUCAGUGA